AUGGCUGGAGAGUCUACGCCCAAAAUCAAGAUGGGAUCAACACUGUGUGCUGUGCUAUUUGUUUUCGCUGUUUGUUCUUGGAAUGUUAGGGGCUUGGGUAGUCCAGACACUCGGUCUGAACGACUUUUGAAGAGGGAGUUACUGGGUAAUGACUGCAAAAGGUACAGUAUGGACAUUGUGGGACUACAAGAAACUAAGUGCACUAAUCAGGUGGAUAUCAUUCUUCACAACAACUACAGACUGUUAAUUUUUGAUCAGAAAGAACAAUUUCAUGGGGGUAUUGGAUUUGUUAUUAGCCCUAAACUGCAACCUUUCAUCACAACUUUCAAACAGAUCUCUGAUAGAGUUGGGUAUAUUGAUUUUUGUUUUCCUCUCAAGGGUGGUAGUAAUAAGAAUUUCAGAAUCAUCAACAGUUAUGGUCUCACAUCUCUUCGUGCUCAACAACACCCUGACAAACUGUCUCAGUUCUAUAGAGAUUUACACAAUGUAUCAUCUACUCCAUCAAAAUGGGAAAUGUUCCACUGCGGAGAUUUUAACUCAAAGCUGGGUAAACGAACUAGGGUUGAUGAACAAUUAGGUCUGGAAGGUUUGAUAGGUAGACAUGGUAUUGGGACUAGAAAUGAAAAUGGGGAGCAUUUGCUUGAAUUUAUGGUUAAAGAAGACCUAACAGCAUGCAAUACUUUGUUUGAUCAUCCAAGUAGGCACAAACUAACUUGGACUGGUGAACACAGGACUAAGAGAAAUACUCCUAUAUACGCUCAACUUGACUAUGUGCUUUGCAGGAGGAGGUCUACGGUUUUAAUAAAGGACAGCAGAUCAUACGGAGGCGCUGAGUUACGAUCUGAUCACAAACCUGUUGUAACUCGAUUAAUGCUGAAAAAUCAUGUUCUCAUUCACAAAACCAAAAAAUCAGAUAGCACUCAGUUUGACUGUUCAACUCUCUACAGGGAUAAAGAACUCAGACAGAAAUAUCAAAGUGCGAUUGCUGAAAGGUUAUCGGGUAAAACUUAUCCAGAUGACCCAAAUGAGAAAAUGAAUGAACUAUUUAGUGACAUACGUGCGUGUGCUGAAGAAACUAUACCACUGAAAGGGAAAUCCUCUAAACAAAAUUUCUCCAGUGAUCUAACAGUAGCUUUAUUAGUUGCUAAAAAGCGUGAUCAGACUCUAAAGAUCAAAUCAGCCCCAAGUGGUAGUGAUGUUAGUGGAGAUAGGAGAGAAGUUAGAAUGAUUCAGAAUAGCAUUUCUAAGAGACUUGUGCAAAUAAAUAACAUGAAGGCUGACGCUCUAGCAGAAGAAAUAAAUAACACUGACGACGCUAGAAAGAUGUUUGAAGCUUCAAGAUCUUUAGCUGGAAUAAAAAAGUCGGGUAACAUAGUGGUCAAUGAUAUCAACAACAACUAUUGUGGUCCAGAUAAUCUCCAGAAUGAGUUGAUAAAGUACGCCCAUCCAAUCACUUUUGAGAAGUAUGCUGAGGCAAUUAAUGAGUCAUUUAGUGGGAACAAAUACAUAAGUUCAAUAGGACAAGGUAUUGUGACUCCUCUACAGAAGCCCGCAGCCCUACACCACCUCAGAGCUGUAUCCGGGAGACCAAACCCACCAGUAUCAGAACUAGGUUUUCCAACUGAGUGGGAAUAUUCAGACGAUUGUGACUUUGCUGACGAGGACAUCGAGAAACUGAAAAUUUUCCUUCCUACAGUGAAGGAGAUUCUCAAAGGCUGGAACCUCCAACGGAGAAACGAUCUUACAACCGUUGACAAGAGCAUCAUUUGUAUACAGGACCUGAUCAAGAAGACUCUCCUGGAGAGUAUCCUUCACAAGCCGUCUUCUAGUUGUCUCGUUGGUGAAAUACCAAGUUAA